AUGGCUGAUGAAGCAGAGGAUGUUAGUAAAACAGAGCAGUUGGCAAUAGUUCUCAGAUUUUAUGAUGAAGUAUCACAUUGCAUUCAGGAGUGCUUCAUUUCCUUCACUCCCAUGGUGUCGUUGGAUGUUGCAUCUAUCACGGACGUAAUCUUGAAAAGUUUGGAAAAACUCAGUUUGGAUUACAAAUCUUCACUUGUUGGCUUAGGAUUUGAUGGAGCUUCAGUCAUGAGUGGAGGAAUCAGUGGUGUUCAGAAACGCAUUCGUGAUAAAGCUCCUUUUGCCUAUUAUGUACACUGCUGUGGACACAGGCUCAAUCUGGUUUUGAUCAAUGCUGCUAAAUAUGUGCCUCAAGCAGCCGAAUUCUUCAGUCUGCUUGAAGAACUCUAUAUUUUCGCUUGUAACCCUGUCGUUCAUGAGAGGUUCAUUUUUAUACAACGAGAAAUGUUCCCAGGAGAACAAGUCCGAGAACUGCAGCAUCUGAGUGAUACACGGUGGUGGUGUCGGGCCACCUCAUGUGAAAAUGCUCUGCUGCGUCUCGAAUGCAUAGUAAGACUAUUGAAGGAGACUUCUGCAGAAGACACUGGAGCACGAGCAGUAUCCGCUCGAGGUUUACUUGCGCAAAUAGAUGCAGAAUUUGUUUACUUAUUGCAGUUUUUCUCAGAGAUUCUUGGAAAAGUUGAUAAAGUAUCACAGCAGCUACAGGACAAGCAAGCAGACUUUGGAAAAGCAGCAAUGCUCAUUUCGUCGCUCCGUAAAGAUCUAGCUGAUAAACGCCACUGUAACUUGAUUGAGCAUUACUCCGAGAAGAUUGAUGAGCUCUGUGAGAAAUGCAGCAUUUCACCAACAAAGACACGAAAGCGAACCAGAAAACCUCGACAGAAUGAUGAAUUCAUUGUGCUGGAAAUGACCGGUCAAAGAUCUGACUGCUUCAUGCGAGAGAAGCUUUUUGAAAAUGAAAUUCGUGAAAACAUUCCUAAGAAAUUCCAUGUCCAGUGA